GCUCUUUUCGUAAUUAUUUUAUGUCGACCUCUUUCGUUUUUGAGCAGCACAGCUCUGUUUUUCUCUGCCGCUCGAGAGCUCUGCCCUGCUCUCUCUCUGUUUAUCUGCUCUCUCCCCUCCCUGAACGAACGUAAAGCCGAUGAUCAAUAUUAUCUGCUGCUCCAAAAGCCAACUCUCAAACUAGAAAUAGGGGAAAACCUUGCUUCAAGGCAUUGAAGUUAUUGAAGUCGGGUCAAAAGGGAUUAGUUAUUUAUUUUUUCCUUCCGAUUACGCGAAGCUUCUUCGUAAGGGAUCGUAGAGGUCGCCGUCCAAGGAUAUAGUUGUGGAGGUGUUGUCUCUGUCGCCCUGUUUUUCUUGCUCUACACGUUGCUAUGAAGUGAAGUUGAUACAAUACUUUGUUCUCGUGCAAUUUUUCGAGAUAUUUUACGGAACUUGUCGUUUAUGAUCAGGAAGGUGUGCCGGGUGUUCAAGUGCGUCGUAAUUAGUACUUCGAACUUUAAACGUCUCUUUGAAUCUUUCUUCCUCAGCUUUUCUUUCUGAUGGAUUCCGUUAAGCCAUCGGCCGUGAAUCCUGCUGGAAGUAAAUUGGCAAGGACGUUUGCCAAAGUUCUUCACCUUCGGAUGGCAACCGGAGUUGCUCCAGUUGAUGGAAAUCAGAAGGUCAAGCCCCAAGAAACAGUCAAGAAAGAUUGGAAUGUUAGCAAGAGUGCAGCCCGGGCGGCUAGUCGGUCUCGUCCUCGUGACGAUCAAGAAGAAGAAGAGCUCGAGAAUAAGGUGGCCUUAGAAGCUGUUCUUGCCAAACUGUUUGCUAGCAUUUCAUCCAUUAAAGCCGCGUACGCUCAGUUACAGCAUUCUCAGUCUCCUUAUGAUGCUGGUGGGAUUCGAGCUGCUGAUCAAAGAGUAGUCUCGGACUUGAAGAGUUUGUCUGAAUUGAAGCAGAGUUACUCGAAGAAACUGUUCGAUGCUUCACCAGAGAAGGCAAUAGUUUUGGCUGAAAUUCAAGAGCAGAAGAGUGUCCUGAAAACUUAUGAAAUAAUGGGGAAGAAGUUGGAAUCUCAGUUGAGGCUCAAAGAUUCUGAAAUUAUAUUUCUCAAAGAGAAAUUGCAGGAAGCCACCAAACAGAACAGGUCACUUGAGAAGAGAUUGAACCAAAGUGGGCAUUUACAUGAGCUCGACAAUCUUCACCAUUCAGGCUUGACUCCUGCCCAUUUUAUAACACUUCUCCGGCACACCGUCAAGUCCAUUCGAAGCUUCGUCAGGUUGAUGGCGGAGGAGAUGAAAGUUUCUAGUUGGGAUAUCGAUGCAGCAGCACAUGCAAUCGUACCGGGAGUGGUUUAUCGGAAAGAUGAUCACAAAUGCUUCGCGUUCGAGUCCUUCGUUUGCAUGCAAAUGUUUGAGUCUUUCAAUUAUCCAUACUUCUCUCUUACAGGUGAAUCUUGGACAGAUAAGAAGCAGGAGCAACAACUAUUUUUCAGGCGAUUCACGGAACUGAAAUCUGUGAAACUAAAGGCGUUUCUAGGCCAGAAGCUUAAAUCAAAGUUCGCAAAGUUUUGCCUUGUUAAGUACUUGAGACUUGUCAAUCCCAAGUUGGAAUCAUCGUUGUUUGGUAAUCUGGAUCAAAGAAAUCUGGUGAAUGCUGGUGAAUUCCCAAAUACUGCCUUCUUUGCUUCAUUCCUUGAAAUGGCAAGGCGGGUUUGGCUCCUUCACUGCUUGGCAUUUUCUUUUAAGCAUGAGGCCUCAAUUUUUCAAGUUAGCAAGGGGUGUAGAUUUUCAGAAGUGUACAUGGAAAGUGUAGCAGAAGAAGAAGCGUUCCUUCCGUCGGACGGCAAACCGGAAUCAGACCCAUCAUCGGUUGCAUUCACAGUUGUUCCUGGGUUCAGGAUAGAUGAAACUGUUAUACAGUGCCAGGUCUAUCUGUCUCGAGUUCAAACCAAGGUAGUAUCCACCAAAAAACAGAGAUAGCUGCACUUCAGUAAACAAAAUGCGGGGGAAUUAUGCUUCUGUCAUGCAUCUUGAAUUCGAUCGUUUUCAAUCAUGUUAACCGAUUUUGUAUAUUUCGUUUGUUUCAUAAAUCAAUCAAAGCUGUUUAAUUAAAUUGUAAUGUAUCAGCUGGCUUGUUUAGAAAUAAUAGAAUUAAUUACUAUUAAGAACAA